AUGCUAGAGAGGCUCGGGGUGGACCUGCGACCUAUGCCUCGCCCAUUGUACAUGAAACCAUAUCCAGACUGGAUCGACAAGUUAUACCCUUUCCCAAGGGGGUAUAAAGUGCCGGAGUUUAGUCUAUUUUCAGGCGAGGAGAAGGGGCAAUCUACGGUUGAACAUGUCGCCCGGUUCUCGGCCCAAUGUGGCGAAGCAGCUGCUCACGAUUUCUGGAAGCUCCGGCUUUUCGCCAGCUCCUUGACUAAAAUGGCGUUUACAUGGGCACCACCUGAUGUCACCCUGGCCGACCUCGCCCGAAUUUCGCAGCUACCGAGCGAAUCGGCAGAAAAGUAUAUCGGCCGAUUUAGAAACCUCAGAACUAGAUGCUCCACCAAAAUGUCCGAGGCCGAUUGCGUACCGAUGGUGGUAAGAGGGAUGAGUUUCGCCAUGAGGGAGCAUUUCGAGGGCCAUAGUGAGGAUAGCGGUUCCGAAGAUGAAGUCAACAUGGCCGAAUUUUUGGGAACAAAACCCCUAGAAUGUUCGGCCUUGCGAAAGCCUGGCUUUGUUAAGAAAAAUAAGACUGUGGUGGUACAAAAUGAGUAUUCGUUCGAUCUGACCAAAGCUGACGAUAUAUUUGAUGCCUUGUUGAAGGACGGACAAAUCUCCUUAAGCGAAGGUCAUACAAUUCCACCGUCGGAGGAGCUGGUCGGUAAAGAUUAUUGCAAGUACCACAAUUCCUGGAGACACAGCACGAACAAUUGUGUAAAUUUCAGAAACGUGAUCAAGAAGGCGAUUAGCGAGGGAAAACUUCUGUUCCCAACGAAAAAGAGGCUGAUGCUAAAUACGUGUCUAUUAACACCGUUCGGCCCCACUUUGAUAGCUUCCUAG